CCCUCAAGUUCAUAUGUUUUGUUCGCAGCUGUUACCAUAACAACCGAUCGCGGAACGAAAACAAAUAAAAAGUUCGAAUAACAAACUAAUAAUUAGCUGUUAUGGCAUCCAGAGAUAACCUACCAUCCUAUAUAGUCCAGUUAGUUACGAAGACACUCGAACCGGCAAGAUUUUGACAAUCGCCACUGCACCACAAUUCAGUGGAUGACCUGGAGAGGCGUCUUUUGGUGAAGAAGUCAGGUAAACUCAGCAACAACAAGGCGUCGCCUGCGCAACCGCUGGCGAGCACUGCAGAGGUGGAGAAGGAGGAGCUGGAGAAGGUUGGGGUGGUGCGCCGGUCAGGAACGAAAUUGGAACGGGAAGAUGCGACGACUGCUAUUUACGGGUUUCAACGCAUUUGGCCAGCAUGAAUUUGUAACCGGCGAGACCGACUGCGCUGCCGGCUUCAGAGAAAUAAAUACGCCACUGUCAGAACAAAACCAGUGCACGAUUUCGGUCGGCUGGCGGUAUUCCGCCCUCGCCUUGGGCCGGAAGUUGUAUCUGCGUGGGCUUCUGGAGACCGAGCCUCACGAGUGCGUGACCCUCGAAGCGGUGGACAACAUUAAAGCCCUGGCCGCCGGUGAAGCCUACUGUUUAGUGCUACUUCAUACCGGUCAGCUGUACAGGGUUCCACUCAAAACAAAAACGGAACUGCAGCCCGUACGCCUGGAAGCUCCGCCCAGACCAAAUUCGGCGACAAAACGUUCUAUUUUUGGGACAACCAAGGCAAAACCUGGAUUGCCGAUUGUCGAGCACAUAGCCUCCGGAUCACACAUAAACGUAGCUGUCAGCUCAGAAAACGCAGUCUACAGUAUUCCAAGCUGCCUGCACCAGUUUCCCGGUCGCCAGUUUCGGGUAAAUCAGCUGGAAUGUGGUCACGAGCACGCCGUGCUCCUAAACGGAAACGGUGACGUCUACAGCUGGGGGAAUGGACUACGUGGACAGUUGGGUCAGAGCGUCUUGAAGACGGAGGAGACGCCACAUUUACUGGAGGCGCUAGCAGGCAUCAAGAUAACCCGUAUUGCUGCCGGCGGUUGGCACAGUGCAGCCAUAUCCGCCUUUGGAGACCUCUACACCUGGGGACUGAACUGCAGUGGCCAGCUUGGCAUACGCGUGAUGAAACCUGGCGGAUUGCUAAAGGAGCCCACUGUAUACCCGCUGCCCCAGUUGCACGAUCUGCCUGAGUGCAGCUGCUCCAAAAACCAGGAGAGUAGCAGCGAUGACUGUGCACCAUGGAGGGUGUUUGCCGGUUCGCGUCACACACUGCUGAUUCGACGCUGCGGGGGGCUAUGGGUCAGCGGUUGGAGCAAGUAUGGGCAGUUGGGCCAAAGGUCUGACCGACAGGUAGAAUACCUGGAUGACUUUGAGGCUCUGGAAGGAAUAAUAUUGAAUCAAGAGACUGAUCAAAUUAUUUGUGGCCCGUGGUCUACGCUGCUUUCUGCGAAUAUCGAGCUGGGUGGUAGAACCCGUAGAUGA